AUGCAAAUCGCCGAGGAAGGCUUGCGUUUGGGAACCAUCGGCGUUCAGCGCGUGGGAUCGGUGUUGCAAGAAGUCUGGGAAGACGGACGCGCGUUCCAUGAACUGGAUGAUCGACUGGAUCGCUUGACGGAAUCUCGUAAGCUCGCCGAAGAAAAGCGCAAGCAAGUCAAAAAGAAGUUGCCGCCGCCGGGAAGCGCGGAGAUGGACACGACGGCGCACGCCGAGUACGUGUUGAGCGAGGAAGUACACAAAGCGCGCAUGGCGAUCAUUCGAAAAGAAGAAGAAGCGCUGAAAUCCGAGCGUGAGAGUCUUGAACGCGAAAAAGCUGCGCACAUUCGCGCGCUCAAGCGCGUGCGAGACGAAGACGGCUCGAGAUUUAACAAGCACCCGGUGCUCGGCGAUCGUUACGUGUUGAUGAAUCUACUUGGACGAGGUGGUUUCAGCGAAGUUUACAAGGCGUGGGACAGCGUCGAAAUGCGAGAAGUCGCGUGUAAGCUGCAUCAGUUGAACCCGCAGUGGAGCGAAGAGCGCAAGCGCACGUAUGUCCGUCACGCCGCGCGAGAGUGCGACAUUCACAAAUCGCUCGAUCACCCGCACGUCGUGCGCUUGAUCGACGUCUUCGAAGUAGAUUCCGAUAGUUUCUGCACCGUGUUGGAGCUGUGCACGGGCGAUGACCUCGACGCUCGAUUGAAGGCGCAAGGCUCGAUCAGCGAACGCGAGGCGCGCGCCAUUCUCGCUCAAGUUUUCAACGGCUUGGCGUACAUGAGCACGGGGCCGAAACGCAUCAUCCAUUACGACUUGAAACCUGGAAAUAUUUUGUUUGACGAAGCCGGGCGAGUGAAGAUUACGGAUUUCGGCUUGAGUAAAAUUAUGGAAGAGCGUAGCGUCGGUUUCGGCGCCGACAGUGGCAUGGAGCUCACGUCGCAAGGCGCUGGAACGUACUGGUACUUGCCCCCGGAGUGUUUCGAAACCGGUCCGGCGCCGCCGAAGAUCUCGAGCAAGGUUGACACGUGGUCGUGCGGUGUCAUCUUGUUUCAAAUGAUUUACGGCAAGCGACCGUUCGGCCACGACAUGUCACAGGAGCAAAUCUUGCACGCGGGCACGAUUCGAAACGCCAAGGAGGUGGAAUUCCCAAGCAGACCCUCAAUUUCGCUGGAAGGCAAGGCGUUCAUCUCGCGAUGCUUGGCCUAUAAGCAAAGUCAACGCCCGGACGUGCUCGAGGCGAGCAAGGAUCCGUACAUGACAUUUUUGACGAAAUGA